UUUUGGUUUCUUGCGAGACCGGCGAGGUUGGAUUAUUGGUGCGCGCUGCCUGCCUUGUGAGUGUGUGUGCUUGGCAGGAGGUGCGGUGGAGUUGGGAGGAAGAGAUGUCUAAGAUCGGAGGGAAAAUUGUGCUUAUCCUUAGCUUCGUGUUUCUGACGACUUGCCUCGAUGCGGCGAAAGGGCUGCCCUUGAGGAAACAGCGCAACCACAGUCCGAAGGAAAGGAACUAUAAGUUGGUAGAGAUCUCUACUUCAUCCGACACGGCUUCAAUCAAAGAAGACGAAAUGCCGCAGUCUAACAAGGUCCGGAACCUGAGGCGAAAUGGGCGGGCCAUGCCACACAGGCAGAAACGCCGUUGGCCACUGCAACAUGCUGCAAGGAACCAGUUGGCAUCGCUCCAGCCAGGUGGCGCAACCCAGGAGGAGAGCACGCCCUUUGUGCUGGACUUGAAGAACCUGCCAGGCUUAGCCAACGUGGACCUGAGUGCCCAGAAUCCAAAUAUACAGGUGACCAUUGAGGUCGUGGAUGAUCCUCAGGCUGAGAUGGAGAUGGACCUGCUGAAGGAAACUAGCAAUGACUGGUCUCUGACCUCCUCUGAGUGGCUGUCCCACAAAGACCUCUUCUGGCCACUUUUCUGGGAGUACACGGACCCCAGGGAGGAAGGGGAGGAAGGGGACAAUUUGGACAUAAGGAGCAGGGGGGAAGAAGACGACGACGACGAAGAGGAGGAGGAAGACUAUACUUCAGAGUAUGAUGAGGAAGAAACGGUGCUGAGUGGAGUGGGAGGUGACUGGGACCAGCGGUGGCCCCAUCAGAAAAACUGGAUCUUCAAAGAGAAGUAUAAUUACGACUAUGAAGAUGAAGAGGAGUGGAGCCCUUGGUCUCCGUGCACUGUAACCUGUGGCACUGGCAACCAGAAAAGAACCCGGUCUUGUGGCUACGCAUGCACUGCUACGGAGUCGAGGACCUGUGACCUGCACCGCUGUCCUGGGGCAGAUGGGGAGUUGUCUCUUGCCACAGAAGAGACACCAUUUGAAGCUGAGAAUGCCACAGAGAUGCUAAACUCAGAUGUGGACAGCUGUGAGAAGUGGCUCAAUUGCAAGAGCGACUUCCUCAACAAAUACCUGAGCAAGGUGUUGUCGGACCUGCCCAGCUGCCCCUGCUCCUACCCACUGGAAGCCGUCUACAGCGCCGUCAACCUGCGGGACGAGCGGCAGGGCAAGAACUUCCGCUGGCGAGAUGCCAGCGGGCCCAAGGAGCGGCUGGACAUCUACAAGCCCACGGCCCGCUUCUGCCUGCGCUCCAUGCUCUCCCUGGACAGCACCACGCUGGCUGCGCAGCACUGCUGCUACGACGAGAGCGCCAGGCUGAUCACGCGAGGCAAGGGGGCUGGAGCCCCCAACCUCAUCAGCACCGAGUUCUCCCCCGAGUUGCACUACAAGGUCGAUAUGCUGCCCUGGAUCCUCUGCAAAGGGGACUGGAGCAGGUACCACGCCGUGCGGCCUCCGAAUAACGGACAGCGGUGUGCUGACAACCCCCCAGAGGAAGAGUACCUCUCUCAGUUACAGGAGGCUAGGGAGUAUUAACACAGGAAAAAAACCAAAAGACGCGGAGAGCAGGACGUUUUUGGUCUCCUGCGCGACAUACUAGGGAGUAUAACAGGGCCUCUUUUCUUCUCUCUCCUCCCCUCAGCUUUUAUGUCAACAAAGGCCUCCGCUUCAGAAUGGCUACAGAGCCGCUGCUUGUUUUGCAUUCCCUUGGUAACCAGGUAGUCUGUAGGAAACCUUAGUGCAAACUCUACAGUGGCUUCUGCCCUACGUAGUGGCCUCCAGUUUCUUUCCUGACUUCCUCGUUACCCAAAAGUUGCCACAAUUGGCCCAAAUGGGCUGUACCAGAAGGCUUGCUAUGGCCAUCCUGAGGGAUUAUAGGGAUGGGAAGAGCCAUAGGAAAAGGGGGGGGGGUGUCUUUCAAAAGGCCCAUUGUGACUCGUUUUAUACUGCACACAAGCUGUCGCACAAAGGCAGACUGGGGGAUCUUAUGGCCUAAAACUCUAAUUGGGUGCUUGAAGGUUUUUGCAUAGAGUCUGUAAGCAGUCUCAAGGUGGAUGGCUCAAUACACCUAAAUUCUGUUUUUAGCUAAAAGGGAAACUUGGUUGGACAUAUUGAGAGUGACAGAUCUGGCUUCAAGCAUCUGUUGUCUUGAUGUAGUCCUGGGGCAAGAGAAAGGAUGACGUUCCACACAGUUUGGGAGAAACUGGGAUGGAGGGGAUUUUGGGUUGUGCGUGCAUGCUUUGGAAUGUAAGUUCUGGGAUGUAUUGUGAAAACAUAUCCCCUAAAGUGGAUGAGUGGCAGAUGAAGACAACCUGCUUGCUGGGUUGAUAGAACAAUCUGGAUCUCAUUUCUACCCAGCAAGUCAGAUAGGGAAGCAAGCAAUUUUUUUAAAAAAUUACUCUUCUCUUCAGGCCAGAGGCAGGGCAGAAAACAAAGCCCAACACAUUUAUAAGACUCCAGGGGAGGAAUUGAACAUCUUGCCCUUCUGAUCAUUCUGUCAACACAAGCAUUUCGGCUUGUAAGAUAGGACAAUCCUGAGCACAG